CUGGUCUCAGGAGGACAUGCUGACUCUGCUGGAGUGCAUGAAGAAUAACCUGCCCUCCAACGACGGGAGCAAGUUCAAAACCACCGAGUCCCACCUGGACUGGGAGAAAGUGGCUUUCAAGGACUUCUCGGGGGAGAUGUGCAAGAUGAAGUGGAUGGAGAUUUCUAACGAGGUGAGGAAGUUUCGGACCCUCACGGAGCUCAUUAUGGACGCCGAAGAGCAUGUGAAGAAUCCUUACAAGGGCAAAAAGCUCAAGAAACACCCCGACUUCCCCAAGAAGCCCCUGACUCCCUAUUUCCGCUUCUUCAUGGAGAAGCGGGCCAAAUACGCCAAGCUUCACCCCGAAAUGAGCAACCUGGAUCUCACCAAGAUCCUGUCCAAGAAAUACAAGGAGCUUCCCGAGAAGAAAAAGAUGAAAUACAUUCAGGACUUCCAGCGAGAGAAGCAGGAGUUUGAGAGGAACCUGGCGAGGUUCAGGGAAGAUCACCCGGAUCUCAUCCAGAACGCCAAGAAAUCCGACGUCCCUGAAAAACCCAAAACCCCCCAGCAGCUGUGGUACAACCACGAGAAGAAGAUCUACUUGAAAGUGCGUCCAGAUGUGAGUACGGCCACCACGAAGGAGGUGAAAGAGUCGCUGGGCAAGCAGUGGUCUCAACUCUCGGAUAAAAAGAGGCUGAAAUGGAUUCAUAAGGCCCUGGAACAGCGGAAGGAGUACGAGGAGAUCAUGCGUGACUACAUCCAGAAGCACCCCGAGCUGAACAUCAGCGAGGAGGGCAUCACCCGCUCCACCCUCACCAAGGCUGAGCGCCAGCUCAAGGACAAGUUUGAUGGACGACCCACAAAGCCACCUCCGAAUAGCUACUCCCUGUACUGUGCAGAGCUGAUGGCCAACAUGAAAGACGUGCCCAGCACCGAGCGGAUGGUGCUGUGCAGCCAGCAGUGGAAACUGCUAUCCCAGAAGGAAAAGGAUGCGUACCACAAAAAGUGUGAUCAGAAAAAGAAAGACUACGAGAUUGAGCUCCUCCGCUUCCUGGAGAGCCUGCCUGAGGAGGAGCAGCAGCGGGUGCUGGGCGAGGAGAAGAUGCUGGGCAGCAACCGGAAAGGGGCAACGAGUCCUGCAUCCAAAAAAUCCUCACCAGAGACCGGCAAGGCCAGCUCAGAGAAGCCCAAACGGCCCAUCUCCGCCAUGUUCAUCUUCUCGGAGGAGAAGAGGAAGCAGCUGCAGGAGGAGCGGCCGGAGCUGUCGGAGAGCGAGCUGACCCGGCUCCUGGCCCGCAUGUGGAAUGACCUCUCCGAGAAGAAGAAGGCCAAGUACAAAGCGCGGGAGGCGGCGAUGAAGGCGCAGUCGGAGAAGAAGCACGGCUCGGAUAAGGAGGAGCGCGGGAAGCUGCCCGAGUCUCCCAAGACGGCCGAGGAGAUCUGGCAACAGAGCGUCAUCGGGGACUACCUGGCUCGUUUCAAGAACGACCGGGGGAAGGCACUGAAGGCCAUGGAGGCCACUUGGAACAACAUGGAGAAGAAGGAGAAGCUGAUGUGGAUCAAAAAAGCAGCGGAGGAUCAGAAGCGAUACGAGAGGGAGCUGAGCGAGAUGCGGGCCCCUCCGUGCUCGACCAACUCCGCCAAGAAAAUGAAGUUCCAGGGGGAGCCGAAGAAACCCCCUAUGAAUGGUUAUCAGAAGUUCUCCCAGGAGCUGCUGUCGAACGGGGAGCUGAACCACCUCCCGCUGAAGGAGCGGCUCGCGAGCCGCUGGCAGCGCAUCUCCCAGGGCCAGAAGGACCACUACAAAAAGCUGGCGGAGGAGCAGCAGAAACAGUACAAGGUGCACCUCGACAUCUGGCUCAAGAGCCUCUCGCCCCAGGAGCGGGCUGCCUACAAGGAGCACACCUCCAACAAACGCAAGAGCAUGGGGAAGAUCCGGGGCCCCAACCCCAAGAUGAAGCCAACGAUGCAAUCCAAGUCGGAGUCAGAGGACGACGACGAGGAGGAAGAGGAGGAGGAGGAUGACGACGAAGACGAGGAUGACGAUGAUGACAACGGCGACUCAUCGGAGGAAGGUGGCGACUCCUCAGAGUCCAGCAGCGAGGAGGAGAGCGAGGACGGGGACGAGAACGACGAGGAUGACGAGGACGAGGAUGAUGAGGAUGAGGAUGACAACGACUCGGAGGGCAGCAGCAGUUCCUCCUCCUCCUCGGGGGACUCCUCCGACUCCGACUCCAACUGAUCCGGCCAAGCUCUUAGUAACGUCAUUUGGUUUCUCGGUUUCGGUCCCGAAUUCCCCCCUCCAGCCCCCCAAAACCCCUUCCUCCUCUUCCUCCCGCCCCCCCGGUGAG